AGUUAGAGCGCCUUAAACCCUCAAAACUCCAAAACCCAUCGUCAAUUCGUCAUCGUGCUCGUCUUCCUCUCCCUUUACUCUUCUUCUUCCUUCCAACUUUAAUCUCCGAUCAGGGUAAUACAGGGGCAUUUUCGGAACAAAAAAAGGAGAAAACAGCCAGACAGAUUCUCUGAUUCGUGGGAAAUAAUGGGUUGUGCGACGCUGGACCUCGCCGGAGCUGUUUCUCUCAAGCUCAACAACGACACCCACUUCCUCCGCUUCUCUCCGAAGCCUUUCCUCUCCUUUGUGGAGCUCAUCCGCUCUCGCCGCCAUCCCAACGGCCCCCCUUCCAACAUUCUCAGCUGUCGUGCUGACAAAUCACGGCCGUCCAUUUCCCUUCGUGCCCAAUCAACUACUACUGUUGCUCCUGAGCGGGUGGUUGUUUUGGUGAUUGGUGGAGGGGGAAGGGAACACGCUCUUUGCUACGCAUUGAAGCGGUCCCCUUCCUGUGACGCUGUCUUUUGCGCUCCUGGCAAUCCCGGAAUAUCCAGCUCCGGGGAUGCCACUUGUAUUUCUGACCUCGACAUCUCUGAUAGCUCGGCAGUCAUAUCGUUUUGCCAGAAAUGGCGUGUGGGGCUUGUCGUUGUCGGACCUGAGGCCCCUCUUGUUGCUGGUCUCGUGAAUGAUCUGCUCAAGGCUGGAAUCCAUGCUUUCGGCCCUUCAUCUGAGGCUGCUGCUUUGGAAGGGUCCAAGAACUUCAUGAAGAGUUUGUGCGACAAGUACGGAAUACCUACUGCUAAGUAUCAAACGUUUACAGACCCGUCUGCUGCAAAGCAAUAUAUACAAGAGCAAGGGGUGCCUAUUGUUGUUAAAGCAGAUGGAUUGGCUGCUGGAAAAGGAGUUAUUGUCGCUAUGACUUUGAACGAGGCUUUUGAUGCUGUUGACGCAAUGCUAGUAAAAGGUUCUUUUGGGUCUGCAGGUUGUUGUGUCAUUGUUGAGGAAUAUCUGGAAGGUGAAGAAGCGUCUUUCUUUGCGCUGGUGGAUGGAGAGAAUGCUAUACCUCUGGAAUCUGCUCAGGACCAUAAACGCGUUGGGGAUGGUGAUACGGGGCCAAAUACUGGUGGAAUGGGUGCAUACUCACCUGCUCCCAUCCUAACUAAAGAACUUGAAGAUUUAGUCAUGAAAUCCAUCAUUUACCCCACAGUGAAAGGCAUGUCAGCCGAGGGCUGUAAGUUUGUUGGGGUUUUAUACGCUGGACUCAUGAUCGAAAAGAAGUCUGGCCUACCUAAACUGAUAGAGUACAAUGUGCGUUUUGGAGAUCCAGAGUGUCAGGUUUUAAUGGUUCGCUUGGAGUCUGAUCUGGCACAAGUUCUACUUGCAGCUUGUAGAGGACAGCUAAGCGAAGUGUCGUUGAACUGGUCGGCUGGGUCAGCCAUGGUGGUGGUAAUGGCAAGUAAGGGGUACCCGGGAUCAUAUGAGAAGGGAAGUGUGAUCCGGAACCUUGAUGAAGCAGAAGCUGUUGCCCCAUCUGUUAAGGUAUUUCAUGCGGGAACUGCACUGGAUUCAGAUGGCAAUUUCAUUGCUGCUGGAGGGCGUGUCCUUGGGGUGACCGCUAAGGGAAUAGAUCUCAAAGAGGCACGCGAUCGGGCAUAUCAAGGCGUUGAAGAAGUUAAUUGGCCAGGAGGGUUCUACCGCCAUGAUAUUGGCUGGAAAGCCCUCCCUCUUCCUCAGAAACAAUUUGUGACAGGAGGUUAAACAUUUGUACUAGAAAGGGGAGAAUUUGGGGUGUUCCUUUUCAAAUGGGAGGUUAAUACUGGCUAAACGAGUUGUCUGUUCAUCAUGGUUAAUAUAUGUUUGCGUAUUUGCGUUACAAGUCA